CACCUGAUUCGCAGCGCUCGCCUCCCGCUCCCCUCGGGGCUGCAGUGGGGAGGGCUGAGCUGCCGGGCCGUGCCGGGUCCUGGCUGAGCUGUUCCGCGGUUACUCAGCAGCUCCUCAGACCUUUCCCACCCACCAAGUUUCGGUGUUUUCCACGGAGCAGCUGCCUCCCCCUUAGCGCCGUGCUGCGCUCGUCCCCGGGGCUCCUGGCGAGCUGUUGUCCCCUCCCGGUGGCUUUGGGAGUGUUGGAAGUCCUCGGGAUACGGAUGGGCUGCGCCGGGAGAUGAGAGCGGGACGGGCGCUGCGGUGGGAGCGGCUCCCCGGGCUCUGGGUACCGGAGGAGAGGUGUGUGAUCCUGGGUGGCUCCAAGGGCUCGCUGGAUUACAGGAGGAGCUUCCCACAGCCUGGGGAAUGGAAUUCGCCCGUUGUUGAGCCGUAGAAUAGCUGCACAAGGCCGGCACCGGCACAGGACUGGAGCGCCCAGGGUGCUGGCAUCACGUAGGCAGCUGCCACCGAAAUGACACACUUGAUUGAAGGCCAAAAGAACCCAAUACGUAACUGCUGUGAUUAAGCUCCAUAUGAUGCCUCAGAGCAAGUAAAAACCCCUCCUUCCAUCUCAUCUUGCUUGUAACGAGACAGCCGUUGCAGGGAUCUCAUUUGGGUCAUGUUGUGGCUUUUGGGGGAUUUUGGGGGGGUUGUUUUGGGUCGGGGUUCUUUUGCUUCUGGCUGUACACACCCAUGACCUGCAGCAAUCCGCACCCCCGCGAUGCCCCCUGAGAGCCUGGGGCUGUAGGUGUGCUGCUAGCUGGGAAUACAAAUCCGAGCAGGGAGAAGAUGCCAUUCCACCAUGUGACAGCUGGCUUGUUGUACAAGGGCAAUUACCUGAACCGCUCGCUCUCGGCCGGCAGUGACAGCGAGCAGCUGGCCAACAUCUCCGUGGAGGAGCUGGAUGAGAUCCGGGAGGCUUUCCGAGUGCUGGACCGGGACGGGAAUGGCUUCAUCUCCAAGCAGGAGCUGGGCAUGGCCAUGCGCUCCCUGGGCUACAUGCCCAGCGAGGUGGAGCUGGCCAUCAUCAUGCAGCGCCUGGACAUGGAUGGGGAUGGCCAGGUGGAUUUUGAUGAAUUUAUGACCAUUCUGGGACCUAAGCUGGUGUCGUCGGAGGGCAGGGACGGUUUCCUGGGGAACACAAUAGACAGCAUAUUCUGGCAGUUUGACAUGCAGAGGAUAACGCUGGAGGAGCUGAAGCACAUCCUGUACCACGCCUUCCGUGACCACCUCACCAUGAAGGACAUCGAGAACAUCAUCAUCAACGAGGAGGAGAGCUUGAACGAGAACUCUGGCAACUGCCAAACAGAGUUUGAAGUGCACGCCCAGAAGCAGAACCGCCAGACGUGCGUGCGCAAGAGCCUCAUCUGCGCCUUCGCCAUGGCCUUCAUCAUCAGCGUGAUGCUGAUAGCGGCCAACCAGAUCCUGCGCAGCGGCAUGGAGUAGUGCCGGCACGGCUCGGAGUGGUCCUGGCAGCGGGAUGGCGGCCAUGCAUGCGCACCCCGGGAGAGCUCCCGCCCCGAUCCCACGGCACCGACACGCGGGCACAGCCGGCGCCUGCAGCAGGAGCCUGAGCCAGCAGCGUGUCCUGUGAACCAACCACAUCCUUUUGGCAGGGACAUCAAAGGGCUGUUCUAAUGCUUUAAAGGUUUUGUUUCCUAAUGCAAUAAUCCCAUAUCCAGGAGUCCCGAAUUAUUGCUUUGAAACAGCAAUGGCGACGCGGAGGAGACUUGGAUCCGGCGCUCUGCGGUUUGAAGGGGGCCCAGCCUCGUGACUUGUCCGUAUCCCAGGGCCCACUGACUAUGCCACGGAGCUCCCGUCGGGCCCACAUUCCCAGGAAGUUGACGGUAGCAUUGCCACAAGCAAGUCCUGUUCCUUUUGUUCCACGCGUUCCAGCUUCACUUUCCUUUUCCCUUAUGACCAUGCCAUGGAGUUUACGGCAUUAGAGGGGAGCUAGAGCAUCCUUGUACAGUAUUUUCUGAGGAAAAAAAAGGGGGAAUUCGCCAGCACCAUACAAAAUGUCUAUUUUUUGCUUCAUCAACUCCACCUUUGACACGAGACUGUGGGGUAGCAGGAGUCUGUUGGCCAUUUUUUUCCGACUGUGAAUCAGGGCUUGAGGAGCACCCCUUGUUUUCCCAUCUGGGCAUUGCUGAACUUGUGCAAAGUCUUCCAAGGGACUCUGCCACCACCAGCGCCAGCUAAACCUCCCUCUCCUCGGGCCUCUCUGCAUAUUCAUUGUUUCCUCUCCAGCAGUUUUACCCUUCUUCUUUACUGGCCUUCAAGAAUUCUUUCCCAGGUGAAAAUCCUGAGGGAAGCUGUUCCUGAGAUUUCCUCCCUGCUCCUUGCCUGCACAAUUUUAAUUUAUUCCAUUCUGUGUGGCCUGGUUAUGAUCUGCAGUGAAACCUCCAUGGCAGACAUCAUCCUGUGGGGGUGGUUUUAUUUUCACCCACAUGAUAAAGUGUGGAUUUGACCAGCCAACUUCUCCAUUCCUUCCCAGGAUCCAUCCCGCCACCCCCAUCCCAUGGGCAGGCUCCAGAGGGGGCCAUCGGAAAAGCCGAGCGCAGCAGGAGAAGAAGGAACCAAACCUGAGCCCACCCCUGUGUGUUUGAAAUGUAUCAGACUUCCAGAUCCCGGGAGCGUUGGGUGGUUUUCCUGGAAAGCAUUUUCAGGAGCAGCAAGGAGAAGAUGGAAUGAUGCAGAGCAGGGACACCACACGGGAAGUGCAAGGAGCCAGGAUUACUUGGGAAGGUGUUUUUCCUUUGAAACUUGACACAAAUCCAUGCAUUUCCCUUUGGAUGAACUGCGCCCCUGGGUGCCACACCAGGACAGAGGUGAUCUCCUGCCCUGCUGGGAGGGGUUCCCAGCUGGUGAUCAUGGAGUGCUCCAAGGGAGUUCCAUGAAGGCACUCGGGUGCUGCAGUGGGGUGGCUGUGCUGGGAGAGCUCCAGACACACCAGGAACGCUGAGAUGUUGCUCCUGGAAGAGGAGGCAACAUUCCCUGUGCCACAGGAGGGGCGGGAUGGCUCUCCUAGGGGUUGCACAGCCCCAGCCUCCCUCAUCCUGCACUGCAGCCAUUGACUUACACUGGAUCCAUCCCAAACACUCAUUCCAGGUCUUUCUUUUCUACCAGUCUGAGUGACAUUUACCUGUAUUUUUAGCAGCCUAAUUUAAAAAUCUAAUGGUCAUUGUCCUGUCUCCCACCACCCCUUUAAACUCAAGUCACUUUUUUGUGCCUCAGUCUCCCACCUCCACGUUUUCCUGCCAUUUUCCUGGUGUCCUGUCCAUCCCAAAGACAACACCUUUUCCACAGCAGCUGAGUUGGUUUUUUUCUGCCUUUCCCAAACACACAACUCCUGCAUUUCUGUUCUGCUGUGACCAACAGAGGUGAACCGUGCAAUGUUCCAUUAAAAAAAUGAUUCUGUCUCCCAGAAGACUGAGAUGUUUCCAUUUGCUACAGGGCAGAAUAUCUGUGGGAUAUUCUGGUGUGGGAUUCUCAGUGUUGGGGAGCCCAGACACAUUUUCUUUGCUGGGCAUUGCAGAUAACAAGAUUGGAGAUCAUUUUAAGGAAACUCAGCCCCACUUUUAGGUCUCAGCAGUCUGUGGAGAGGUGGCAGCUGUGGGGAAAAAAGUCUAAAUGUUCCUUGCCACCGAGGAAUACUCAUUUUGUCCCUGGGAUUGUGCUGGAGUACGAGUGGGCAGAUGG